GACUGAUGCAUCUCACACUGGUUGCGGAGCAGUUGUGUUUCCAACCAUCAUGGCUUUUGUGAGCCUCUUCUCCAGUCCCCCAAGCCCCGUACUUGACAAAAACAUGACAGACUGUGAGCUGGCAGGGGAAGAAAGAGAGGAUGGAGAACUGGAGGAUGGAGAAAUAGAUGAUGAAGGAAUAAGCAUCGAAGAGGUGAAAGAAAACAAGGAAGAUUCUGAAGAGGGCGAGAAAGACAAAGAGAAAGGAAAUGACAAAGAUGAGAAGACACAUCGUCACUCAAGAAAGAGACACAGAAAAAUUCGAGAGAAGCGACGGUCAAAGAAGAGGAGACGGGAUCGACAGAAGCAUCACUCUCCAUCCAGCGGCUCCAGCUCGGACAGCUACGACUCAGAGCAUGAGCGUCAAGACCGGCCCAAGAGUAAAAAGAACAAAGUAACGUACCGAGAUCAUGAUGGGGAGUUGGCGCAACGAGAAAAUGAGCCUGGAAAACCACCGAGGUCGGCACAGAACAAGAACGAGAUGGACAAGUACAGUGAAGAUAAGUACGACUACGAUGAAGAGGAGGAUGAUUUCUCUGAGGAACUGUCUAAAUACAAACACGCUAAAGAGUCGUCUGGUCACGGAAAAGGGGGCCCACCUAAAGACAAGGCCAAGCGACCAGUCAUGAAGGGACAACAAAAACAACAACAACAACACCAACACCAGUUUGGAGGUCAGCGUGGUAAAGGGCGUGGUGCCAUGGGCAGGGGACGCGGAAUGCCCAACAAAAACAAGAAACAGAAGGGGAAGAACUGGGGCCGGGGACGUGGUCGAGGAGGAGAUCAGUGCGGAGGAGACGGGGAAUCUAAAGGUCCGCCCAGUUUUCAGAAGAAGCGUCCAAUCAUGAGCCAGGAAUUCAUUAAUCAACACACGGUUGAACACAACGGGAGGCACAUUUGUAAAUAUUUCAUUGAGGGGAGGUGCAUCAAAGGGGACCAGUGCAAGUUUGAACAUGACAAUGUUGUUCCAGAGAAAAAGAAGGAACUGUGCAAAUUUUAUGUCCAGGGAUACUGUACCAAAGGAGACGCCUGUAUAUACAUGCACAGUGAGUAUCCCUGCAAGUUCUUUCACACCGGUGCAAAGUGUUAUCAAGGCGACAACUGCAAGUUUUCUCACGAGCCUUUGACCGACAUAACUAAAGAACUUUUGGACAAGAUUCUUAACACAGAAGAGGAGCAUGUAAAUGAGGAUGAGAUGGAAGUGGAAGAUCUGAGGAAACAUGGAAUUGCCCCACUACCUAAACCGCCUCCAGGGGUAGGACUUUUGCCCACCCCUGGGCCUGGAAGCCCACCAGAUGGAGGCAAGAAGAUCCCCUCUCUGUUUGAAAUCAAAGUUCAGCCUACUGUGGACCUGGCACAGAAGAUCGCUUUAAGGCCCAAUUUCUACAACAGUACAUCACCCCCUGCUGGACAGUUUCAGGGAAGUGCAGGUCCAAUGGCUUUCGCUGGCGGUCCUGAGGAUAUGCAGUCUGGCAAUAUGAUGUCUUCUCCCCCAAAUCCUUCCCUCCCACCACCUCCAUGCUCAAUGGGAAGCCCUCCGCCACCAUUCACAGGUCCAGGAAUGCCACAGAGUCCUACAGGUCAACCACCCUCCCAGGGCUUUGGUCAGUGCCCACCUAUGCCUGGACACCAAGGGCAGCCCCCUCCGUUCCAUGGCAUCAUGCAGCACAUGAACCGCCCACCCAUGAACCAACAGGGGGCACCAUUCCAACCCAGGCCUGACAUGCAGAUGAAUAUGCGUUUUCAAAACAUGGGCCAGAUGCCAUCAGAGUUCUUUAAGAAUCUGUUUACCAGCCAGUCUUUGACCCAAGGAGAUGAUGGACCCAUGCAAGACUCUCAGAUGCAGGGUAACAUCGAGUCUGGGAUGCAGGACUUUCUUCCAGCUGUCCAGAAGGCUUUGCUUUUACACCUGAAUCAGAGCAAUCAAGACUCUGACAAUCGCAGAGAAGAGGUUCAGAGCUGUGCACCUUCCAGCAGAGAGAAAGAUGAAACACCUAACUGGUACUCCAGUGAUGAGGAAGAGGGCAGCAGCGUUAAGGCCAUUCUGAAUACUCUAAAGAAACAGAACAAUAUGUUGAAAAACCAGCAACAUAGCACUGCACCAGCUGUCCACAUGGAUCCCAGAAUGCAGAAGGAGCGAGCUCUGCCCAGCGACCCUAGAAUUAAAGCUGGUCCACCAGACCCAAGAAAGGACCACGGAGACGGUCUUGGGGACCCCAGGCUUGCCAGGGACCCCCGCAAAUUGAAACCUCUUGAUCCAAGCUCCUCCAAGCCUGAAUCUCAUCGCCAUCCAAACCCCUCCAUGUCCCACAAACCUUCCGCCGGAGAUGACGAUGAGGACGGUGAGCAAGAGCUGAGAGAGAGGGCAGCCUUGAUCCCGUUGGAUCCGAGCCCUGGGGCCAUUCUGCGAGAUCCCAGAUGCCAGAUCAAGCAGUUCAGUCACAUCCGGGUGGAUAUCCUCCUCCAGCGUCCUGUCUUCGCUCAGACUGUGGUGUGGGGCCCUGAGGAUCUCAUCCCUUCAUUGAUCCCCAAACAGGAGCCGUCCAUAAAUCUGCCACUUCCACCUUUAAUUGCUGACGCCCAACUGAACCGUAGUUUCUCCUCCCCACCGGACCACCCUCCCUCAGGCACUCUGAGCCCUCCUGAUCCUCGUCUGGCAGCCGCACGCCUCAAAGAGGGAGUCGGGAGGUUUGGUAGCCCUCCGGGUAGGACGCUAGAUUCUCGCCAUCACACUGAUCCCCGUAGUCCCAAAACUCUUGAUCCAAGAGUUAGCCGCUCUGGCAGUCUGGAGUCCAAGCUACCGGGUAUGAGAGAAAAGGGGGGUGGGUCCAUUGACCCCCGACUGCAACGUGUAGGAAGCUCAAACCAACCCACCGCUGCAUCCUCCAAACCCGAGUCGGAGAAACUACCCCCGUAUGCACCCCGUCUGGCAUCCUCCAUGGGUGCAGGUCUCGAGAGCCCCACCACGCUGUUAGGAGGCAUCAGUUUAUACGAUCCACGCAAUCACUCUUUACUCUCUCCAAAACGCGAGAAUGAAGAUCUCCCUAAAAAUCCCAGUAUCCCGAAGCCCUCUCUCAAGCUCCAAAACUCUCCGCCUCAUGCAUCUCCAUCAUGGGCGACAGGAGUUGAAAAGGAAGAGAAGAGCCCAGUUGAGGACUCAAACACCAACACCGGUGGCUCGAUCAGUCCUCCUGUGCCUGCGAUGAUGCCGGUGUCUCCUUGUUUGCCAGUCCGUGCUGCGGCGCCUGCGGUGCACAACUUGCCCAUUCAGGCGCUAGCAGGACUGAUAAGACCCGCUUACGUAGACCCGCGACAGAACAAACCCGCUCCUACUCCACAAGAGGAUGAGGAGGACAAAGAUAACAAGAAGGACCGGCCCUUGAGGGACGUCUUUAAAACAUUUGAUCCUACAGCCUCACCGUUUUGUCAGUAGACACACCUGUACUGAAUCUAGCUCACACAUAGGUUGAAUCCGUACACCAAAACACUUUGUAUUCACCGCAUGUAUAUGAAGCUUUUUUAUUUAUUUAUAUUUCUUUGUACAUAUUUUCUCCACUUAUACAUAAUCAUCUUAACAUCUUUCUUUCUUUUGGAUCAUCGUUCAGGCACUUAUGAAAGGACUGUAUUUACUCGCAAUGCAAAUGCAAGAAAUAUUUUAAAUAAAUUUGUAUCUUAUAUUUAGGGACUUCAGUCUCUGUGAUGUUACACCGAUCAAACAAUGGUUGUUUUAUCAUUGACGGCUCAAACAGAUACGUGUCUUGAGUCGUUCAUAUUUAUAGAACUGUGUGUAAAUCUCAAGACAUGAUAUUUUGGAAAGUUCAUACAAUAUUUAUCCCAUGACUACAUACAGCAUAUAUAUAAGCACUGUAAUAUAUCAGGAGUAUAUCUCUUUUCUCUCAUUAGUUCUUUGGGGAUUUCUGGUGAUGAGAAAGUUGUGGGUUCUGAGAAACUCUAUUGUAAAUGUUUUUUUUUAACACGAGGCAUUAUCUCACUUUUUAUGGUUGCUUUUUUGUGACCAUAACAAUUUUAUUGUAUUUGUUUCAUGUUUGUUCACAGAAAAUGCUGAUUUGUUUUGUGCUCUUUUACCAUGCUGACAGAAACACCAGAGAGGGAUUGAAACCGUACUUUCUUUCUCAUUUUUUUAUUCAGUGUCUAAAACAAAAUAAAAUUUAAUCAAGUUGUUAUGA